UGCCAUUUCCAGGUUACAAAUGACACCCCGGCACAGAGGGCUCAGGCAGCCUGCCCAGUGUCACACAACCACUCCUGGCAGCAAUCCUGGACUCCAUGAGGAAGCAGGAGAUGCGGAUGGGCGGGGAGGCUGGUCAGGGCCAUGGUGCUGGCUCCCCGGCAGAGCAGGUGAAAGCCCUCAUGGACCUGCUGGCCGGGAAAGGCUGUCAGGGCUCCCAGGCCCCACAGACCCCUGACAGGACACCCGACUCUCCACGGGGGCCUCAUGGCAAUGACUCGCGGAUACAGAGACACCAAGAGGCCCUUCUGAGCAGGGCAGGAGGCAGCCUGGAGCUGGGUGGUCCCUCACCCAGGCUAACCAACCUCCUGCUAGUGGAAGGCCUGAUGGACUUGCAACUGAGGGAACACGACUUCACCCAGGUGGAGGCCACGCGUGGGGCCUGGCGCUCAGCUAGGACCAUCGCCCUGAACAGGCUCUUCCUGCCUCUGUCGCGGGUGUCCAUCCCGCCCCGCAUCUCCAUCACCAUCGGGGUGGCUGGUGUGGGCAAGACCACCCUGGUGAGGCACUUUGUCUGCCUCUGGGCCCGGGGGCAGAUUGGCAAGGACUUCUCCUUGGUGCUGCCUUUGACGUUCCGGGAUCUCAACACCCAUGAGAAGCUGUCCGCAGACAGACUCAUCCGCUCCAUCUUCCCACACGUCGGGGAGUCUGGCCUGGAAGUGGCAGCCCUGGCCAAAGUGCUCCUUAUCCUGGACGGCCUGGAUGAGUGUAAGACUCCUCUGGACUUCUCCAACACCGUGGCCUGCACGGACCCCAAGAAGGAGAUACAGGUGGACCACCUGAUCACCAACAUCAUCCGGGGCAACCUCUUCCCGGAAGUUUCUGUCUGGAUCACCUCCCGUCCCAGCGCAGCUGGCCAGAUCCCAGGGGGCCUGGUGGACCGGAUGACUGAGAUCCGGGGCUUUAAUGAAGAGGAGAUCAAAGUGUGUCUGGAGCAGAUGUUCCCCCAGGACCAGGUCCUCUUGGACUGGGUCCUGAGCCAGGUUCGGACCCACAGGGCCCUGUACCUGAUGUGCACCGUCCCGGCCUUCUGCCGCCUGGCGGGGUUAGCCCUGGGCCACUUGUGCCGCCACAGGCAGGGGCCCCAGGACACAGAGCUGUGGCCUCCAAGGACCUUGUGCGAGCUCUACUCUUGGUACUUCCGGAUGGCCCUGGGCGGGGAGGGGCAGGAGAAGGGCAAGGUGAGCCCUCGCAUUGAGCAGCUGGCCCACGGUGGCCGCAGGAUGGUGGGGACGCUGGGCCGGAUGGCCUUCCAUGGGCUGGUCAAGAAGAAGUACGUGUUCUAUGAGCCGGACCUGAAGGCGUUUGGUGUGGACCUUGCUCUGCUGCAGAGCAGCGUGUGCAGCUACUUCCUGCAGCGGGAGGAGACCCUGGCCUCCUGGGCAGCCUACUGCUUCACCCACUUGUCUCUGCAGGAGUUCCUGGGGGCUGCGUACUACUACAGCGCGUCCAAGAGGGCCAUCUUCGACCUCUUCACGGAGGGCGGUGUGUCCUGGCCUCGGCUGGGCUUCCUCACGCAUUUCAGGAGUGCGGCCCAGCGGGCCAUGCAGGCUGAGGACGGACGGCUGGAUGUGUUCCUUCGCUUCCUCUGCGGCCUCUUAUCUCCAAGGGUCAAUGACCUAUUGGCGGGCUCCCUGUUGGCCCCGGGCGAGCAGCAGGGCUCCCGGGCGCAGGUGGCCCAGCUCCUGCAGGGCUGCCUACAGCCCAACACGGUGGUCUGUGCCCGGGCAGUCAAUGUGCUGCACUGCUUGCACGAGCUGCAGCACACAGAGCUGGCCCGCAGUGUGGAGGAGGCCAUGGAGAGCGGGGGCCUGGCCAGGCUGACCGGCCCCCGGCACCGGGCUGCCCUGGCCUACCUUCUGCAGGUGUCAGAUGCCUGCGCCCAGGAGGCCAACCUGUCCCUGAGCCUCAGUCAGGGUGUCCUCCAGAGCCUGUUGCCCCAGCUGCUCUACUGCCGGAGUCUGAGGCUGGACACCAACCAGUUCCAGGACCCCGUGAUGGAGCUGCUGGGCAGUGUGCUGAGUGGAAAGGACUGUCGCAUUCAGAGAAUCAGCUUGGCUGAGAACCAGAUCAGUAACAAAGGGGCCAAAGCUCUGGCCAGAUCCCUCCUUGUCAACAGAAGUCUGACUUCUCUAGACCUCCGCUGUAACUCUAUUGGACCUCAAGGGGCCAAGGCGUUGGCAGAUGCUCUGAAGAUUAACCGCACCCUGGCCUCUCUGAGCCUCCAGAGUAACAGGAUCAGGGACGAUGGUGCCAAGUUCAUGGCUGAGGCUUUGGCAGCCAACCGGACCCUCUCCGUGAUGCACCUGCAGAAGAAUACCAUCGGGCCCAUGGGAGCCCAGCACAUGGCAGAUGCCCUGAAGCACAACAGGAGUCUGAAGGAGCUCAUGGCCAGCAGCAGUGGCCUUGGUGGGGCUGGACUGAUGGCUCCCUCCGAGUCCUGAGACAGCCACGUCAAAUGUGCCCUCUCUUCUGUCUUCAGCCUGCAGAGCAAUUCCAUCAGUGACACCGGAGUGGCAGCGCUGAUGGGGGCCCUCUGCGCCAACCGAGCCCUCCUCAGCCUCAACCUUCGGGAAAACUCCAUCAGCCCAGAGGGAGCCCAGGAUCUGGCUCGAGCUCUCUGCACCAACAGCACCCUGAAGAACCUGGACCUGACAGCCAACCUCCUCCAUGACCAGGGUGCCCAGGCCAUCGCAAUGGCAGUGAGAGAAAACCACACCCUCAUGUCCCUUCACCUGCAGUGGAACUUCAUCCAGGCCGGCGCCGCCAAGGCCCUGGGACAAGCACUACAGUUCAACAAGAGCCUGAUCAGCCUCGAUUUACAGGAGAACGCCAUCGGGGACGAAGGCGCCUGUGCAGUGGCCAGUGCGCUGAAGGCAAACACAGCCCUCACUGCUCUCUAUCUCCAGGUGGCCUCCAUUGGUGCGCCGGGGGCUCAGGCACUGGGGGAGGCCCUCGCUGUGAACAGAACCUUGGAGAUUCUCGAUUUAAGAGGAAACGCCAUUGGGGUGGCUGGAGCCAAAGCCCUGGCAAAUGCUCUGAAGGUCAACUCAAGCCUCCGAAGACUCAAUCUUCAAGAGAAUUCCUUGGGGAUGGAUGGGAUGAUAUGCAUUGCCACCGCACUGUCUGGAAACCACGGGAUCCAGCAUAUCAAUCUCCAGGGAAAUCACAUUGGGGAAUCAGGUGCCAGAAUGAUCUCGGAAACUAUCAAGACAAAUGCUCCCUCAUGCACUGUUGAAAUGUGAGCAAAGCAAGUUCCUGGUGGACCGGGCAGGAGGAUGGGCAGAGAUGCAGCUGGAAGCCUUCAAACAAAAAGACCAUUUCCCAGGGUGAUUUCCUGUUAUCUGGGAAUGAUGCUGACCUGCAGGAGAGCUGGUAAACUGCAGAGGCAGGAAAGGUGCUGCCAAAGGAGGUCGCGAGCACCUCUUCUGGUCCAGGGUCAGUCUAGGCAGGGGUGAGAUGGACACUGGUCUGGGACAGAGGAAAGGGUCUUCCCACUGAGGGACCCAGGACUUACACCUUAAAGCUCAGGAGGUAAGAAGCUGGCCUGAGCUUAUUCAUACCUUGAGGUCUUCAUGUGCCCCCAACUUUUAAAAAAUUAUUACUACCUUUUCCCACUCAUCUGGUUAAAAGUGAGUGGAAAUGAGUUGCCAUAUUCCAGUGAACUGAGUACCAAUUUGGCAUUGUUGACAGAGAGGAUCUUUCUUUUCUCAAGAAGAAAGUUUUAGGGGUAUGAUCCUUAGAGAUAUAUGGAAAAAAUGUGGGAUUCUUAAAAAGAGAAAUAAAGGCUUUAAUUAUAGAAUUCUGGAGACAGAGGAAAAAAAAAACUUUCCCAAAGUUUUUGCCAUUUUUUAAAUCCAUCACAAAAUCUCUCACAGGCAUGGAUUAUGUCUGGCGUAUGUUAUUUGGAGUCUGGCACACUAGUUAUCUAUAGCACGUUCAAUAAUGUUAUUCUUAAUAAUAAUGUUAUUAUUAUUGGGCUUCCCAUAAUUAUUAUUACUCUGACUACCUUCCCUCUGAAGGCAAGGCAAGCUGAGUUUCCAUGUGGCAUAGAUUCCCUCAGAUGUCUGUCUGUGCUGAAAGGAAAAGAUCCCAAAUGGACACCAUAGCUCUCAUCAAUUAAAUAACCAAGGGAAAUGCUUACAAAGAUUAUAAAGUAAUUAUCGUUUUAAAAUUUAGACAGGAAGCACUAUUAUUCCUAAUGCUUCUUUAAAGAUGAGCAUUCAGGCAAGAAUCAAUGGAUACUAAAACCCUGGAUGAAAGCCAAUUGAGGAAGAAGAUAUUCACAUAGUCUCAAAACAUCACCCACAAAGGGUUAUCUAAAAGGUAUCUUACAGAAAUUUUACAAAUGUUGCCUUAACAAAGCGAUUAAACUUAAUGUCACCAAUAAUGGGACAAAUGGACAUCAGGGGCCCUGAUGUGAUGCACUGAGAAGGACAUAUUGCUGAUGUAGCAUUUUUGCCAAAAAGGUUUACCUGAAUCUAAUCACGAAGGAAUAAUCCAACAAAAUGAGAAUUGAGGAGCAUUCUGCAAAAAAAGGAAAAAAAUAGCCUGACCUCUUUAAAAAAGUCAAUGUCAUGAAAAAUAAAAAAGACUUGGGACUGUUUUAAAUUGAAGGAGAUUCAAGAGACAUAACAACUUAAGAUCUUUGACUGGAUCCUAGACUGGAAGGGGAAAAACCAGCCAUAAAGAACAUUAUUUGGAAACUGGGGACAUUCGAACAUGGGUCAUGUGUAGUAUUUAUUGGAUUACUCUUUUAAAAAGAUAUUUUUGCUGGGUAUUGACAGUUUUUUCUUUCAGUACUUUCAAGAUGCUAUAUACUGUCUUUUGGUUUGCACUGUUUCUGGCUGAAUUGAGAACUCAUCAGAACAAGAGUUGCAGUAGCUAAAUGUUGAAGCAAACUGUGCUAUGCAGGAACCUAGCACUGGAGAAACUUCAGGGGCCGAUGCAGUGGAGAAAAAGAGUGCUCUUCAUGGACUUCAAGAGCAAUACUAUAAUUGGAAGGAAAGCCCCGACUUUCUCCAAAGUCUCUCAAGCACCCUCUACUGGCAACACUUAACAUCUUGCUGGCUGAUAAAGGAGAGAUAUUACAAAAAAUAGCACGGUUACAACAGAGCAGGCCAAAAGGUGAAUUUGGAGCUGAGGCAAUAAAUUGAUACCAGCACAGUGGGAUGUCCUGUUUUUCAUUCUGGACAGUUCCUAUUGCUGUGUCUUCAGGAUCAGUAAUGUUUUCUUCUGCAGUGUCUGACUGGUCUUAAUCUCAGUUUGUUUGGUUUCAUCUCAUUUUGUUACUCUCUGGAAGUUCUGUUUGAGGCUUACUUUAUAUCUUCUGUGUCUGUCCUUAAUAUACUCAUGCUUUCCUCUACCACCUGAAUAUACGGAAUAUAGUUAUAACUGUUAAGAAUGUUCUUUUCUACUAAUUCUAUCACCUAUCAUUUAUGGGUUAUUUCUUGAUUUUUCUCAUUAUGCGCAAUUUUUUUUACAGUGAAAA